CGCGCGAUGGAGUGUCAGCGAGCGCUGGAACACCUGAGCGAGGUAGAAGCCGCCGCAGAAGACGUGCUCGCGGACAAGCAACAGAUCGUGGACCUGGACGCGCGAAGAAACCGGAAUCGCGAGGCACUGAGCGCGCUACGGACUGGUGACGUUACUUCUCAUACUGGUACCACAGCCGUCGCCUUCUGUACUGGUGACGUUACUUCUCAUACUGGUACCACAGCCGUCGCCUUCUGUACUGGUGACCUUACUUCCCAUACUGACAAAGUGAAGGUUUGCUUUGGAAAUAUGUUCAUCAAGUUUUCCUCGGAGAGAACUAAAGUCAUGAUACAGAAAGAUCAAGAGCAGCUUGACCGAGAGAUAAAUGACCUCCGGAAACGACUCAAAGCAAAAGUAAAUCGUCUCAAUGACCUGCAAGGGAAGCCUGAACUCCAGGGAUACAACCUUUCUCCUCUCUCCAAUGAAGAACUUAACGCAAUUCAUAGCAUCCUCAAGAGAUAAUGCUUUCCAGGCAUGAGAGUUAAAGCAUCUCUGAUGCAUUAGAGACUGUGAGGCAGACAAAACACUUGAACAUGGUGAACACUGGAAACAUCACACAUGAUUAUGUUUAGAGUUCAAUCACGUGUACAUAUGAAGCCGUAUGGAUUAUGGAAAGGAUGAAAGUAUCUUGCCCAAACCGGAAGAAGAGGGAAAAAAAGAAUGUUAUCAAAUAUAUUUGAGUAAACUUAUAAAAUAUCAGUAAAAAGUACAUUUCAUGUGUCUUAUUUGUAAACUGCCUCUAAGUUGUUACUACCCACUUGGCUUAUAAACACAUACUAUAUAUGCAGGUGUACAAAGUCAAACUACAAUGACUCACAAAUGGACUUGUGUUGCGCUGUUGUGUUGGUCCCGUUGAUAAUCACAUUGCACAUGUGCAAUGUACUAAUAAUUUUUUGUUUUUGACAAAUUAAGGACCUGUAUAAAGACUCCAUGUUUCA